GAGCAGCCUCCCGACGUUGCCUUCCGGCUCCGGCGACCAAGCCCUGCCGGCGACGGUGUCCUUCGGUAUCAAGUACGCAGCUGAGGCCACUUAGAGGAGACGAGAUCGGGAGAAGAGAUGAUGAGGCCAUUGGUUUCGACCUCAAUCUCCACACAACACACGGACCCUGGCGCGAGUAUGGAGAAUCGGUAUGAACAAAGAGAAGACAGGGAAACAGGAGCGCAGCCCAUCUAUGCCUUGCCAUCGGACGAUUGGGGUAUCAUGUUCUACAUCAGGUUGGAUCACUCGGGAUCUUUCCACACAUAUCCUCGUGUGGGUGGGCCAUUUCAGAGCCUCCAGGAAGCUCAAAAUGGUAUCGAGUGCUAUCUGAUUGAGAGCGAGGACCCAAAAAUGUUCUUGGGUGCGGUGUCUGAUAUUGAGAUGCGUUCAAUACGUCGUAAAUAUUGGCCUGAUGGCACAAGGAAGAUGCCUCCAGAAUUUUAUCCAGUGGACAUAACCCGUAAUUGGAUGCAUCAGUUGGCUCAAUCUUUGGUGGACAAGCAUAAUGAGGAUCACAAUCUUGUGGAGGAUCUUGCAUAUCAGCUCAAAAAAGUUGUGUGCAUCCAAUCGAUUUGUGAGGUUGAUGUCUUUACCUGGUGCUAUCAUAUCAAUUUCACUGCACAAGCCAAAGGAGUUGGUUCCAUCGAAGAUCUAUUCUUUGCUGAAGUCAUAUCUACGGGGGAAGGAGAACUUGAGGAAUUGGUGCCCAGCUGUCUGCGCAUGCUUACACCUAUUGACAAUGGUACCUGCCAUGGCUGUAUCAACAAUGGAAGCGGUGAUCAUAUGAGGCAUCCCAAAGACCCUUCUGCAUACACUGGGGGUCACGUGAGGGAUGCAGUUUUGCCGUUUGGCGGAUCUGUAUUACCACCCGUGGCAUACUCUGAGCCCCCACCUGUCCAUGACUUUGACUUUGCAGCAGCUGAGGAAACUAGGCUACGUAACCUAUUCACGGGUCCUAAAGCACAUAUUUACGAGAAAUACACGAGGCCCCCUCAGGGCUCUGCACUUAUUCCUGAAGAAUGAUGCAGGAGUGGCUAGCUCUGUGUGACCCCUGAAGUGAAAGAUGUCAUCCCCCUUUUGGACUGAAUGUCUAUUUCGCCAUCAGAUAAAUUUCAGAGUUAUUAAUCUUGGCAACUUGUAGACCGAGUAGUCGGUAUUUCGUGUUGAUUGAGUUGCUUCGAGAUUAAUGUACCUAUUUAGUAUUUACAACUAUCUAUGUACUUUUUUUUAGGGAAUCACUAUGUAUGUACUUUACUAGGCUCGGCUGAGUUGGACGAUGGUCCUGUUUAUAACGUAUACAUAGCUGCCUAUAGUGCCUUUUUAUCUAGAAUACACUCUCAAAGAUGGUUCUGUUUACUAGAAUCGUCUCAUAUUGUAAAAGAGAGAUAGUGAUACCUUUUAAAGGCUCCACU